AUUCUUGUGCGUACGUAGCUACGUAUGCCUGAGUAUGUAUUUUGUAUAAUAAUAUAACUAAAAUAAACAAAUAGUAGGCAAUGGCAACAUCAUCGUUCAAAUCAACGACAAAGAGAACUACGAUAGGUUCGAGUUCAGAGGACGCCGGUAGCAACUCCGGUCAGUCUCUCCGCCGGUCGAGGAGUCUCAGCCGAUUCUCCCGACAACUCUCGCCGGAGGAAACUCCUGAGUAUAUAAAAAAUGCGCCGAGAGGAAAAUUCGUGAACACGGACCGGGGAUCGGCAACGUUCACGGAGAUCAGCCUAGACGAUCUAGCGGUCGAGCUCUUCUCAAAUGAGAGCGAUUGGUCGGCGGAUAGAGAGGGAGAGGGACGUGGAGGCGGCUUUGAAUCUGAGAUUAGGCGGUGGGCGAGCGAUACGGCGUCGUCGUCCAGGAGACGGGGGAGGUCGGUAUCGAGGAGCUGCGGGAGUGAUCUCGAGAAUGUCGUUUCGAAUGGGGCCUCGAGUAAGAAUGUCAAUUCUUCCAAGGUUGCUUCUGGACGGAGUAGGUCGCUCUCGGUGGCUCGUUAUCAGAUUAGUGAUUCUGAGAAUGCUCCACAUCAUUCUAGGAAUUCAAGCAAUCAUGCUAGUACAAAAGGCCUCAAUGGUCGAAAUAAUCUGAUGAAUUUAUCAAAGAAGUCAACUGCUUCUAGCAAUCAGCCACUUGGAAGUGAUCUUUCUCUGUUGCAUGAUGUCUAUUCUGGCAUAAGGAGAAAUCAGGUUGUUUUAAGUGGUGAUUGCUCGCAGUCAGAGAAUCCCGAGUUUGUUCAAGAUUUUUCAUCAAUCAGAGAGAAGUAUGCAGCAACCUUGGAACAGUCGGAGAAGCGUAAACAGAAUCUUCUUGCUGAAAUUUUGCUAGAGGAGCAACGGAGUCAAGAUCUCUCUAAAAUCAUCAGAGAACUACUUCCUGAUUCAAAGAGUGCAGCUAUUGCAGUGAAACCAUCAAGAAGCGGAAAGAGAAGUAGCGUCAGAAGUAGAAUGACAAAACGAUUGACUGAAAAGGCAGAGAAAUAUUUUGAAGACUUCAUUUCAAAUGUUGAAGAUACAGAUAUAUCUUCAUUUGAUGGAGAAAGGAGUGAUGGAAGUUCAACUCUAGGAGGGACAACAAGAGCAAGAGACAUUACAGUCGGAGAAGCAAAAUCUUACCAGAGUCCUGCUGGAUCGUCUUGUCCCGUGGAAAUGGAAGGGGUUGUUUUACCUUGGCUGCAAUGGGUGACUAGUGAUGAUUGUUCCCUUUCAGGGAAGGAUAAGAUGCAGGCUCCUGACACACCGGAAACUUUGUUGCUGGACUCAAAAAUGGACAAGAACUCAUUCCAAGACCUGAGUAGUCAUUCCACAAGCACACAUGGGAGUUGGCGUCGGAGAGUUUUCGACUGCUCUCUAAGUUCAAGGGAUGAAAGUAAAGGCAAGAGCAGACUAUCCUGCCAACCAUCGUACUUUGAUAUGGAGGAGUAUGUUAAGCUUCAAAAAAACGAUGAACUUUUGUUUGAAAUGUAUAAAGAACAGAAAAGAAUCAAUUCGGGCGGCCUUUUGCUCUGUGCUAACGUUCUCUAGUUGUUUUAAUAGUAGCAUAGCUUAGUUGUUUUUAAUUGAUUCUAGUAGAUAAAGCUUCAAAUUUUUAGGUGGCUAGGAGUAGAAGAUACGAACUCUCUGUUAAAUGUUAUACAUCACCGUAUGAUGUCAUUGUUAUAUAAUACACUACCAUUUUUAUUUUA